ACGAAAGCGAAAACUUGAAAUGCAGUGAGGAGUGUAAAUUCAGCUUGUGCGGGCCCUCACCGCUCUUCAUGGUGUUAAAAUCCGCAAUAUUUUACGAUGGCUAACAAUAAACGGAUGGUGUAUGUAGGAGGGCUUGCAGAAGAAGUUGACGAGAAAGUUCUACAUGCUGCCCUCAUUCCAUUCGGGGACAUCCUGGAUAUCAACAUCCCCCUAGAUUAUGAAACAGAAAAGCAUCGAGGCUUUGCAUUUGUGGAGUUCGAGUUUGCUGAGGAUGCAGCUGCAGCAAUUGAUAACAUGAAUGACUCUGAGCUAUUUGGUCGGACAAUACGGGUCAACCUUGCCAAACCAAUGAAGAUCAAAGAAGGGCACUCAAAAGCAGUUUGGUCUGAUGAUAAUUGGCUAAAGAAGUACGCUGGAGCCACUUUGAAAAAGCAGGAAGAAAAGGAGAAUGUAGAUACACAAGGUGAUGAGACAGGCAAACGAUCAGCAGAAACAGAUGCAAAUGAGGCAUCUGCUCCACCCCCUAAGAGGUCAAGGGGAAAUCCCCAUGUUUACUUUGACAUCAAGAUUGGGACUAAGCAAGUGGGUCGUGUUGUCAUUGUUCUCCGGGCAGAUAUUGUUCCCAUGACAACAGAGAACUUCAGGUGUCUUUGCACCCAUGAGAAGGGCUUUGGCUUCAAAGGCAGCACGUUUCAUAGGAUUAUUCCACAAUUUAUGUGCCAAGGAGGAGACUUCACAAACCACAAUGGAACAGGAGGAAAGUCAAUCUAUGGCAAGAAAUUUGAAGAUGAGAACUUCAUCUUAAAGCACACACAACCAGGGGUGUUAUCUAUGGCCAAUUCAGGACCGGGUACAAAUGGUUCCCAGUUCUUCCUAACAACAGCAAAGACAGACUGGCUUGAUGGAAAACAUGUGGUAUUUGGUCAUGUGACCGAGGGAAUGGACAUUGUGAGGAAAAUCGAGAACGUUGGAACCAAGUCGGGAAAACCAAAAGAAAAAGUGACCAUUUGUGACUGUGGAGAACUGGUGUAGUGUUUCUCGACGGAAAACAUUAGAGACAAUACAACUGUUGUAAAAGAAUCGCUAACCAGCCAGCAAAGUCAUCCUGCCACCAGACCCGCUAACACUGAGAGCUGAUCACCAAUUUCUUUUUCCUCCAUGAUUUGAGAUUUAUAGACUUAUCAGUGACCAGAAUUGUAGUGGUAUCCCUUUCACGCUGAAGCUGUGCCCAUGUGUAAACGCACUUUACUCUUCAACCAUUGGGUGUUGUGAUUUACCAAAAGAAAUGUGAUCUCAAUGAUGCAUGUGUGCAGUGGUGUAUCUAGGUUUGAGUUGGGGCGACGUACAUGUCGGGGCUUUUUUUUCUAAAAACGAUUGUUCCAAUUUCUUUCUGUGAAAGAAUCCUCUCCUUCUGCUCCCUUAAAAAAACGAAAGGUGGUUCAUGGAUUACCGUUUCUUAUCAGUUGGCCUUUUAAUUCUUAAGAAAACAAUUGGUAACACCUCCCCUAGCCCCUGUACUGGUAUAUAUUUUGGUGCCAACACAGUAAAGAUGUCUCCUCAGAGUAGUCUAUAAGAAGGUUCAUUGUAAAGCAAGAGGUUUAUUAAUGAAAGACUUUUUGAGAUGGUUGACGGUGGCAAAGGGUACCUGUCCCACACAGCCAGUCCACUUUUGCUUCUGUCAUGUUUGAGCUGAUACAUUUGCCCAAAAUGACUCCAACAGUGUAGGACCAAUCACCUCCAGCACCAUCUUAAAAGUAUCCCAUAAUUGUUCUUGCGACUGCCACCAUAUCAUAUUGACUUGAAUUCAUGUUGCACUUACCCAGAAUCCAAAUAGUUCUGUUGAUAUGUAUCUGAAAUAUUCAAAGAUAAAUGUGACCCGCUUUGUGACAGAGAAUCACAAGUCACCAGAGCCAGUUUUGAGUGACAAGCCUUUAAAAGAACCAUGUGCAGUGGAAAUCAAUGGGAACCGCCGACACUUUUCACCAGUUCAAUGUCCGUCAGGAUGCCAAAAUGAGCGAUACAUCAAAGCAAAGAGUUAAGCCUUCUCUUUCUAAUAUAAAUUGAAAUAGAUUACAGAGAAAGUGGCUUUAUGAUUCACUUUCACAGAGCAGGUCACAAAUUUCUCAAAUGGUUUUCCAAAACUAUUCCAAAAUAAGAAAGAGCUAUGAAAUUAUAGCUCGCACUCAGUUUGUCUAGGACUAGUGAGAUUUUGACUCUAAUUCACACAGGAUUGGUGUGCCGUGUAGACAACUUGUAACUGUUGCAAGAGUCUUGAAAACCAACUGUGAGAUACUUCCAUCACAUUUAACUCUAUUAAAGCUGGGUUGUUUGGGCCCAGCUCACAGCUGGGAGCAGGGGGUUGGGGGAAGAUCCACCCCUCCCCAAGAACUCAGCCAUGCCUCACUCAGUUAUUUUUUUUUUACUUGGGAUGCAUGUAAAGACACUCCUCAUCAUUACAAAUAAAAUGAUUUGAACUCGGACAUAGUUUUGUUGAUACAGUAAUUUGAAGUUCAAGGUUAAAUGUGUGCCAGCUUGCAUGCAUUGAGCACCGCAGUGGAGAAAUGUACAUUUUUGGCUGACCCACCUCAGAAAAUGUGGAUUCCCGAUCCCCCCCCCCGGCUCUUUAAGGGUUAAAACUUGGACUGUAAAUGCUUCAUGAAACAUUUGGAGGCUUUAUUCCUGGCAGCCAUGUUCCUUUCAGCUGAUCAAUCAAACCCAUAUACUUUAUUUACUGGUUCAUACAGAAAAGAAUGAUUACCACAAAGUGGCAAAAUUAUUACAAUUGUAAUUAAACAUUUUCUGUCCUAGUGCAUGUAAACUUUCGACCACAACUCUGUUACACAUUGGUAGUCCAUAGACUGAGGAUAUUACUGUGCUGACUGUAUUGUCGAUUGGAAACUACUUCAGGACUUGUUGCUGUCACUCAUCUUCAGUUGGCCGUCUCUGUGAAGUAGCAACUAAAAAGUGAAGUGUUUUAUGAAAUGCUGUAGAGUUGUCAAUUGUGGCUGAAAAACAUAUAUAUCUGGCAGGUUCACAGUGCAGCACUUUUCAAGAAACACAUUUCCUGCACAAUAUUAAUGUGGUGUUUUGGGGACAAUGGAAAUAAAAACAUUGAGCCAAAAAAUACCAAGUA